GAACAGUUGUGUACCCUUCAAUGAUUGUAUGGCAACAAGCAUCACGCGCCUUUCCUUCCUCCCCCACUCCAGCUGCUAGCAAUAACCUGGAACUAAAGCGACGCUGAAAAUGACGUGAAAAAUAUAUAACAAUGCAAACUGGAGUGUGCAUAUUGUCUCAGCUGUUGCAGUCUGUUUUUGUUAAGAAUACCGGUCUGUAAUAGGGGUUUCUUGUUCCCUGAAUGUUGGUGAUUGGAAUGUGAACACCGACAAGGUACAUUGACAGCAUUCGAAUUGCCAUCGCUAUCAUCGGACGUAUCAUAUACUCUAGUGUCCUGGAUGUGUAUUCGAAAUAGGCCGUAUCUCGGUCUAUUAUUUUGACCGCACAGGAUCAGAAAAAAAACCAUCGCGAAAGCGAGUGGUUGAAGAUUGGGAGUUGUUUGCUAGUUAGCACAUCAGCAGGACUUGAUUCCGUCGUUUGUUACAGGCAAACGGCAUUGCUAGACUAGAAAUGGACAUGGUCAGACGUACAAUGUUAGCCAGCUAGUUAACCAGCAUGAUAGAAUGGAAAAUAAGUGAUGUCAUAUGUUCAUCUUAGCCAGUUAGCUAGCUUACCUGGCUAAUGUGGGUAGACGAGGGCUAGCUAGCCAGCCAUGUAUUUUAUUCGGCACAUACUCCUAGCCUAGUUUAUUCCUUAGCUAACUAAUGACCAGUUUUAUAAAGUAGAAUCUUGCUACCUUGCGCGAAUUUUUUUUUGUGCACUCGUACUCCCACGUUUGAGGGAAAUAACAAUUUUGCUGCUGCUGGAAGAGAAAUGGUGAAAGCUGUAUAGCAAGUUGCUAGCUACAUUUGAUAAACAAUGGCUCAAGAGGCGUUUCCUUUUCAUUUUCUGGUUUGGAACAACCAAUACCUUGAGCUUGAACGGCAACUACAGAAAAACGAGGUAGGUCAACCUGGGGUAGCAACAUCAGUUUCUCUCUUUUUAACUGUUUUGAGUUUGACAGUUUGCGUCCGCCGCACAGUUCAGAAGGCGCGCCCCCCCAGCUUUCAUGACCCACCAGUGCUGUUCUCACACAGGAGAAUGUGGAUAGCUUGGACCAGCGGGGGCGCACCCCGCUAGAGCUGGCUGUGUGUCUGGGCCACCUGGAAUCAACGCGUGUGCUGCUCAGACACUCUGCAGACCCGACGCACUGCAACGCGCAGAGCUGGACUGGUGAGUGGAUACACAGGGGAACAUAUGAGAAGAAUACAAAUCACCUGUUUCCUAAAACAGCAGGGCCAUUCUAUUGCUAUACUUUUUUUUUUUAAAGGAUACAGUGCCUAUACAAAGUCUACACACCCUUGAACUUUUACAAUUUUGUUGAGUUAAAGUAGGAUUCAAAUGCAUUUGUCAUUUUCUUGUCAACGAUCUUCCUACACAGAAUAUAUAUAUAUAUAUAUUUUUUUUGUAUUCCACUGAGAAUACUCAGUGGAAUACAUUUUAAAUGUACAAAUUAAUGAAGAAUAAAAUACUAAUAUACUACAUUCUGAAAGUAUUCAUACCCCUUCACUUUUUCCACAUUUUGUUACAUUACAGCCGUAUUAUAACAUUUAUAAAAUUAUUUUUUCCCCUCAUCAAUCUACACACAAUACCCCAUAAUGAUAAAGCUGGGGAGUUUCUCCUAUUCUUCUCUGCAGAUCCUCUCAAGCUCUGUCAGUUGGAUGUGGAGCGUCCCUGCGCAGCUAUUUUCAGGUCUCUCCAGAGAUGUUUGAUCGGGUUCAAGUCCAGGCUCUGGCUGGGCCACUCAAAGACAUUCAGAGACUUGUCCCGAAGCCACACCUGUGUUGUCUUGGCUGUGUGCUUAGGGUCGUUGUCCUGUUGGAAUGUGAACCUUCGCCCCAGUCUGAGGUCCAUAUGCGCUCUGGAGCAGGUUUUCAUCAGGGAUCACUCUGUACUUUGCUCCGUUCAUCUUUCCCUCAAUCAUGACUAGUCUCCCAGUCCUUGCCUCUGAAAAACAUCCCCACAGCAUGACGCUGCCACCACCAUGCUUCACCGUAAGGAUGGUGCCAGGUUUCUUCCAGACGUGAUGCUUGGCAUUCAGGCUAAAUAGUUCAAUCUUGGUUUCAUCAGACCAGAGAAUCUUUUGUCAUAGUCUGAGAGUCUCCAAGCGGGCUGUCAUGUGCCUUUUACUGAGGAGUGGCAUCCGUCUGGUCACUCUACCAUAAAGGCCUGAUUGGUGGAGUGCUGCAGAGAUGGUUGUCCUUCUGGAAGGUUCUCCCAUCUCCACAGAGGAACUCUGGAGCUCUGUCAGAGUGACCAUCAGGUUCUUGGUCACCUCCCUGACCCAAGACCCUUCUCUCCCGAUUGCUCAGUUUGGCCAGGCGGCCAGCUCUAGGAAGAAUCUAGGUGGUACCAAACUUCUUCCAUUUAAGAAUGAUGGAGGCCACUGUGUUCUUGGGGACCUUCAAUGCUGCAGAAAUGUUUUGGUACCGUUCCUCAGAUCUGUGCCUCAACACAAUUCUGUCUCAGAACUCUACGGACAAUUCCUUCGUCCUCAUGGCUUGGUUUUUGCUCUGACUUGCACUGUCAACUGUGGGACCUUAUAUAGACAGGUGUGUUCCUUUCCAAAUUGGUUGUAGUUGUAGAAACAUCUCAAGGAUGAUCAAUGGAAACAGGAUGCACCUGAGCUCAAUUUCGAGUCUCAUAGCAAAGGGUCUGAAUACUUAUGUAAAUAAGGUAUUUCUGUUUUUUAUUUUUAUAAAUUUGCUAACGUUUCUAAAGAGCUGUUUUCGCUUCGUCAUUAUGGGGUGUGUAGAUUGCUGAGGAUGCUAAAAAAAAAUAUAUAUAUAUAUUUUUUUAGAAUAAGGCUGUAAGGUAACAAAAUGUGGAAAAAGUCAAGGGGUCUGAAUACUUUCCAUAUACAUAUAAAAAAGCAUGAAUGGAUUGCAUAUGAUCAUAGAUACAAUCCAGCUAUGUAGGCCAACAAACAUUAUUUACAAUGGAGAGCGAAAACACAAUCACAAGAAUGGCUUCAGAUCAAACUCUACGUUAAGUUCAAAGAGGGCAAGGGCUUUCAAACUAUAUAAACUAGUGACCCGCAGUGUUAGUCAUUAUACCCUGAUGAAGACCGCUUGGCUGUCAAUGUUGUUACAUUAUUGCAUCUGAGUGUGUUUUCAAAUUUUACUUCUGAACUUGGCUAAACGAAGCAGGUGAAUACUUUUAUGCAACAAAUUAUUUUAUGUUUUUAAUAAUUUGUUAAAGUUUGUAACAUGUAUUUUCACUUUGUUAUUAUGGAGUAUUUUGUUCAGGUCAAUGACAAAAAAUUACAAUUAAAUCUAUUUCAAUCCCACUUUGUAACGCAACAAAAUGAGAAAAAAGUUACAUGGAGUGUAGACUUUCUAUAGGCACUGUAUGUGGGUUGAUGGUGUGAGUCUAUGCCCAGUGUUGCAGGAGGCAGUGAGCACAGGGGACCCUGAGCUUUGUCAGCUGGUGCUGCAGUAUAGAGACUUCAAGCGAGCCACAUAGCGACUGACUGGCAUCCCAGAACUGCUCAGCAAGCUAAGACGGGUGAGGUAACACUUUGCAGUCUUCGCUUCAGCCAUAUAACACACACAGGUAACACACCUGUCAAUCAGAUAUCUGAAACUCACCAUGCUGUGUCACCUCUUUCAGGCCCAGGAUUUUUACGUGGAGAUGAAAUGGGAGUUCACCAGUUGGGGUGAGUGUGUGAUUGUGCGUGACUCAUAUCUCCUUACAGUGUUCGGUUUCAGCACAACACAGAUGAACAGCUCCCAGUUAUACUGUCACUGUGAUGCACUGAAGUGUUUACAGUGGUUGAUCCCCCCCAACCUCUCAGUGCCCCUGGUCUCCAAGGUGUGUCCCAGUGAUGUGUACCGAGUGUGGAAGAGUGGCUCGUGUCUACGGGUGGACACCACUCUACUGGGCUUUGAGCACAUGACCUGGCUCAAGGGCCGUCGCAGCUACAUUUUUAAGGGCGAAGGUAUGCCACUGGUGAUAUGGUAUCCAUAGAGAGCGGUUGAAUGGUGAAUGUGUGUUGUCUCCAUAGUAAUGUGUAUGUUGUGUCUGUAGAGAAUGGUGCUGUGGUGAUGGAGGUGGACCAUGACAAGCAGGUGGUGUACACAGAGCCUCUGUCUCUCUCCCUGCGGGAUGCCCCAUCUCUCCUGGCUGUCAUGCUGCCCACCCAGGAGAACACCGCCCAGAGACUCACCUCCCCUAUCGUCUCCACACACCUCAACACACGCAACAUCGCCUUUGAGAGGUAGCUACUUCACACACAACAUACUCACCUACCUGGUCUGACUUAUAAUUCUUCUCUCCUGCUCUUUGCUGCUCAGGAACAAGUCUGGUAUUUGGGGCUGGCGCUCUGAGAAGAGUGAGGCAGUCAGUGGCUACGAAGCAAAGGUGAGCCAGAGACCCCAUUGGACUUAAAAAAUGUUUUGAAUAGAAAGUGUUUCUUGGCAUUUUUGAUUCUGACUCAUGUUUUUUUUUCCUUUGGUUUGUUUCAGAUAUACAGCGCCACUAAUGUGGAGCUGGUGACUCGAUCAAGAACAGAGCACCUGUCGGACCAGGACAAGUCAAAGAGCAAAGGUAUACACACACACACACACACACACACACACACACACAGAACACACUUAUGUUUAAUUUGUUCAUAGUGUACGUACAGGCACAGCAUGGUUCUAUCCCUCCUCUUCUCCCAGGCACCAAGACUCCUCUUCAGUCCUUCCUGGGGAUAGCUGAGCAGCAUACCGCUCAUAAUGGGGUGAGUUUUAUAAAGACACUUCCACCUCAUAUUGUAUGUGGUGGAUAGAUGCUUUGAUGGGCUGACUGAUGGAUGUGCAUAUCUGUCUCUCCCCAUGUCUCUCAGAGUAAUGUUUCUCAGUGUGCCAGCCCCCAUAACCCCACGGCCAUCACAGCUGAGGAAUACUUUGACCCAGAGUUCCAACUCAACGAACGAGACAUCGGACGCCCCGUGGAGCUCACCAGCAAAGUCCAGAGGUGCUCCGUUGUUGCCAUGGCAACACAAAACCAGGAUUGCCAUAACACACAGUCAAGCUCAGAGAAGCCCAACAUCACCACCAGUCUCUCUCUCUCCAGGUUUAAGGCCCAUCUGUGGUUGAGUGAGGCUCACCCUCUGUCAUUGGCUAAGCAGGUCACACCUAUCAUUGACCUCAUGGCCAUCACCAAUUCCCAUUUUGCCAAACUACGUGACUUCAUCACCCUGAGCCUGCCCCCCGGCUUCCCGGUCAAAAUAGGUGAGGCUUAAUCCCAAACUGCCCCCUACCUUCUAGGCAGGAUCUGAAACAGAGUCCCAGAGAGAAGAAAUGGAGAGGAGCAGGUGGUAUCAGAAGAAAAAGCACACGCUUUACAUUUUAGGCUGAAACAAAGUGACAAGAGUUUGAAGAUUCUCUCUCUCUCUCAGAGAUCCCUCUGCUCCAUGUGUUGAAUACCAGAGUGACCUUCAGUAACCUGUGUGGCUGUGAUGAGCCUGUCAGCUCUGUCACUCUGCACACACCUGAGGAGGACCCCGAGGCUGGUAACCACACACACACACAAAAGGGCUAGUUAUACCUUACGGCGACGGGCCCUACGGAGUGCAGUGUUGCAAUGAUGUUUUUCGUCCAAAAGGGGCAGCUCCUUGUAGUGCUACGUGGUCCUGUGCCACAUGAACAUUUUAACGCGCUGUAUCAUUCCUUGCAUAGCCAUGGGGGAAGUGUUGUGUAUAUAAUCUCAGUGACUGUUAAAACAAUAAACCAAACAACAUUGUUGCCUUAUUAGAAUGUAUUUUGUUUAGAAGUAAUAACUAUUGAUUCCAGUAGUUUGGGAGUCUGGAUGGGUGAGGUAUCAUGUUACCGAAAGGUGCACGUUGCUCUAAAAAAUUUAUGUGGAAAAUUAUCUCCCUGUCCAUCUGCUCCCAGGGCAGGCCCCCCCUCCCUUUCACUGCGAGGUUGACCCCACCGUAUUCGAACCACCCCCGGACUACACCACGCUUGGUCCGGGCCGCAGCGAGCCAAUGAGAGACGAGGACGAUAACUUGCUGCAGUUUGCCAUCCAGCAGAGCCUAUUGGACGCAGGGACAGAGAGCGACCAGGUGAGACAGGAAAUAAUCAUGGUUUACUGUUAAUAGAAGUCAUUGAUCCACAAAUUAAAUACACUGCUAAAAAAAAUAAAGGGAACACUUAAACAACACAAUGUAACUCCAUGGCAAUCACACUUCUGUGAAAUCAAACUGUCCACUUAGGAAGCAACACUGAUUUACAAUAAAUUUCACAUGCUGUUGUGCAAAUGGAAUAGACAACAGGUGGAAAUUAUAGGCAAUUAGCAAGACACCCCCAAUAAAGGACUGGUUUUGCAGGUGGUGACCACAGACCACUUCUCAGUUCCUAUGCUUCCUGGCUGAUGUUUUGGUCACUUUUGAAUGCUGGCGGUGCUUUCACUCUAGUGGUAGCAUGAGACGGAGUCUACAACCCACACAAGUGGCUCAGGUAGUGCAGCUCAUCCAGGAUGGCACAUCAAUGCGAGCUGUGGCAAGAAGGUUUGCUGUGUCUGUCAGCGUAGUGUCCAGAGCAUGGAGGCGCUACCAGGAGACAGGCCAGUACAUCAGGAGAUGUGGAGGAGGCCGUAGGAGGGCAACAACCCAGCAGCAGGACUGCUACCGCCGCCUUUGUGCAAGGAGGAGCAGGAGGAACACUGCCAGAGCCCUGCAAAAUGACCUCCAGCAGGCCACAAAUGUGCAUGUGUCUGCUCAAACGGUCAGAAACAGACUCCAUGAGGGUGGUAUGAGGGCCCGACGUCCACAGGUGGGGGUUGUGCUUACAGCCCAACACCGUGCAGGACAUUUGGCAUUUGCCAGAGAACACCAAGAUUGGCAAAUUCGCCACUGGUGCCCUGUGCUCUUCACAGAUGAAAGCAGGUUCACACUGAGCACAUGUGACAGAGUCUGGAGACGCUGUGGAGAACGUUCUGCUGCCUGCAACAUCCUCCGGCACCGGUUUGGCGGUGGGUCAGUCAUGGUGUGGGGUGGCAUUUCUUUGGUGGGCCGCACAGCCCUACAUGUGCUCGCCAGAGGUAGCCUGACUGCCAUUAAGUACCGAGAUGAGAUCCUUAGACCCCUUGUGAGACCAUAUGCUGGUGCGGUUGGCCCUGGGUUCCUCCUAAUGCAAGACAAUGCUAGACCUCAUGUGGCUGGAGUGUGUCAGCAGUUCCUGCAAGAGGAAGGCAUUGAUGCUAUGGACUGGCCCGCCCGUUCCCCAGACCUGAAUCCAAUUGAGCACAUCUGGGACAUCAUGUCUCGCUCCAUCCACCAACGCCACGUUGCACCACAGACUGUCCAGGAGUUGGCGGAUGCUUUAGUCCAGGUCUGGGAGGAGAUCCCUCAGGAGACCAUCCGCCACCUCAUCAAAAGCAUGCCCAGGCGUUGUAGGGAGGUCAUACAGGCACGUAGAGGCCACACACACUACUGAGCCUCAUUUUGACUUGUUUUAAGGACAUUACAUCAAAGUUGGAUCAGCCUGUAGUGUGGUUUUCCACUUAAAUUUUGAGGGUGACUCCAAAUCCAGACCUCUAUGGGUUGAUAAAUUUGAUUUCCAUUGAUAAUUUUUGUGUGAUUUUGUUGUCAGCACAUUCAACUAUGUAAAUAAAAAAGUAUUUAAUAAGAUUAUUUCAUUCAUUCAGAUCUAGGAUGUGUUAUUUUAGUGUUCCCUUUUAUUUUUUUGAGCAGUGUAUUUAUCAGCUUUAGGUUUUCAUGACGAUUGCCACGGAAGUUCAGUAAGUACAAAACCUGAGUAAAAUAGCUCUCUCUGUAGGUGACUAUAUGGGAGGCUCUGACUAACAGUCGUCCUGUUUCUGGGCACAUACCGUCACCCCUGUACGAGGAUGACUCUCAGCUGGAGAGGUGAGAAAACAGUCUCCAUACAUACCUCCUUUUCCCCUUCACCUUGUUCAUGUCAAAUAAUGUAUUAUAAGGCUUUCCCUCUCUGGCAUUACCUUUAAACCGUCAUCCCGCUACCUCUCUCUGGCAGGGCCAUCCAGGAGUCCCUGUCGAUCUCAUUGGCUGGUGGUGAGGAAGGAGAGCCUGCAGAUCCUGCCCCUCCCCUGUCAGUCUCGCCGUCGCACCCCGGAGCCUACUCCCCUCCCUCCUACAGCUCAGUGGCUAAGCCGCGGUUGCCGGUGCCAUUUUCCGUGGCAAACAGCUUUGACGAGCAGCUACGCAUCGCCAUGGAACUCUCGUGUAGGGAACAGGAAGAGAUGGACAUGUAUGAGAGGGUAUGUAUGAGUGCUUGUAGGGUUUCUUUCUCUGUUCAUCCAUUGUUUUCUGACCAGAGGAUGAGGAGAGGAACCCAUUCUAGAGUAUUUGAACAUAGCCAUGCAGAGUGGCAUUAUAAGGAUGGAGGAGGAAAGGGAAAUUAUUUGGGGAGAUUGAUUGCCAGUUUCUGGGAUAUGAUGACUUAAUUCUGUUUCCGGUUACAGGGUGAGGAAGAGGAGGAGCUGGAGAGGAUCCUUCAGCUGUCACUUUUAGAGAAGUAG